AUGUUCCCAUCGCGCUCGGGACCGGUCAGCGUGAAAGCGGUGCUCGAAGGGCCAGCGCGCCAAGAGUACUGUCCGGGGAAUCUCAAGGACAAGGGCUGUGGAGCCGUGCUCGAUGGCUCUUGCAUUGACGAGGAGUUUGCUCUAUCGCUUGGCCUUCCGAUCAUGCCGUAUAGGCCCGGGUCCGGGGCGCGCUACGCCGAGCCUUUGCUUGUAGUUGAACAACCAGCUAGCCCUGCUGGCUUCCUCAUUGCCAAGUUGAGCGUACAAGUCGUCCCGGACUUGUUCAAAAGGUGGCACGUCAAGUUCAGCUUCGGUCCUCGCGCUCAAGAGUCUAUUUUGAAACAGCUUCAUCGUGACGCGACCGGUGCCCUCGCGGCGCUCACUGCUCCGCCCUAUAUGUUGGAUGGCCCUCAUUUAAGUCCUCUCGUAGACUCGGCCCUGAGCAUGAGCAUGAGCUCCCAUGUUAGCAAUAAUUCCACCAUCACCGGAUCAGAAAACAUCCAACCUCUACAAAGUUAUCCUCCACACACCAAUAGUCUACAUGUACUUGAAGGUGCGGAGGCGACAUGGAGCGGUCCUUUUCCGGAGACACCGGCUCCGACUGCGAACCAAUUCCAUGACCUCACGGCGCAGGUCCCAUACCCAUGCCGGGCUUCCCGGGGUUUUGAUUACUCUAAGUGGUGUCUCUUCCGAUUUUAA